AAAAAAAAAAAAAAAAAAAACAAAAAGGAGAAAACUGAAAAAGAAAGAAAGAAAGGACUUUUGAAUUGUCUAUGAAGUGUAAUUCGGGUUCAUUUUAAUUUUUUGCGCAAUGAGCUUCAAAUUUAAGUCGGUAUCGCAGCCAAAGAACCCUGAAGCUAAAGGCGAUGAUGGAAGCCAAAAGGAGAAACAGAUAAAAACCUUAGAUCUUGGAAAUGGAAGCCAAGUCCUAUAUAUCCAAAGGCUUUUAUCAUUUGAUGACUCGUGGAAAUUCUUCGAUUACCUCAACUCUCAUAUCCCUUGGACCAGACCCACCAUUCGCGUCUUUGGUCGCUCUUGUGUUCAGCCUAGGGACACAUGUUAUAUUGCAAGUCCUGGAUUGCAGCAAUUGAUUUACAGUGGCUAUAAGCCUCAUGCCUACACAUGGGAUGAUUAUCCUCCACUUAAGGACAUCUUGGAGGCUGUUCAGAGAGUGCUUCCUGGGAGUAGAUUUAAUAGCCUAUUAUUAAAUAGGUAUAAAGGCGGAAAUGACAAUGUUGGUUGGCAUGCUGAUGAUGAGAAGCUUUAUGGGCCGACUCCUGAAAUUGCCUCUGUUUCCUUUGGAUGUGAACGUGAGUUCUUGUUGAAGAAGAGACCCAAUAAGUCAUCUCAAGGAGAUAGAAGGUCUGAUGGUGAACCUGUUAACAAGCGAUUGAAAAAGAGUAGCCAGGUUGAUCAGCAUUCUUUCACUCUAAAGCAUGGAUCCCUACUGGUGAUGAGAGGUUACGCACAAAGGGAUUGGCUUCACUCAGUACCUAAGCGUGCAAAAGUAGAGGCAACCCGGAUUAAUCUUACCUUUCGGUAUAUUCUCGAAUAAAAUGUUUAUGAGAAGAAAUUUAGUCAUCUGUUGCCCUGUUGUCUAUCAUAACUACUCAGGUAUUGCUGAAUUUGUAUGUAAUCAAUAUGAACAUAAGAAAUUUUGAGUUUGAUGUUUAUAUAACAAAAUGCAACUAACCGCACAACAUUUUGACAUUUAUUCGCAAUAGGAAUCAGUUGAUUUGCGUUAGUUCUUGUAUAUGAAAACCAUGUUAUUCUAGAAGGGCAUGCUUAAUGGAAUGAAA